UACUAACGACGUCACUUUAUCAGUGUAGUAACUAGUGGUCGGUUAGUGAUUCCAGCUCGGUAUAUAGUUAGUCCGGUACUAGUGGAGCAGUGACACUCGGGGCCAUAGUUCGGCACUAGUGGAGCAGCUAGUGACACUAGGUGCCAUAGUCCGGCACUAGUGGUGCAUUGACACUAGGUGGCAGUUAGGUGCCAUGGUGCCAUCUCACGGCGGCCAGCUGUUCUAUGCACUGCCGGCACUGCCACGGCGCAGCGACAGCGGGCGCGAUAACCCCUUCCGCCCCGACGGGGACAUUUGGCGCGAGGCAGACGCUAUCGUGCAGCGCAUCAAGAGCGGCCAGCCCUUGUUGAACGGGGGGGACGAGCCUGGGGCUGGGUCACCCUCCCCACCACCCACACACUCCUCCCCAACUCGGGACAGUCCCAGUCCCGUGCCUGAGCAGGCUGUCACCAGGACCGACGCGGGACUGGUGCACGGUGGCCUUCCCAGCUCUCAGAAUGGCACCCCGAACCCCAGCGCAGCAACACAACAACAACAACAACAGAAUAAACAACAACAAGAACAGACGGUGGAAGUUACGUUGACAACGCUACCGCCCCCGCAGCCUGCCGCCGCCCCCCAGCACGUCGUGCUUAAGAAGGAGAGCAAAUGUGCGUGCUGCGUCAUACAGUAGCAUGACUGCCAGCAUGCUGUAGCAUGACAGCCAACAUACAGUAGCAUGACAGCCAA